CUACAGUACAGAGAAAACGACUAGGCAUUUACUGCCUCGCUAAGACUCGAUUUCUGCAACCGACAUACGCCCCUUGUCUAUCCCACUAGGAUAACGAAUUUCGCAUGCUCAAUCAACGGAUUGCUGCUCAGUUGAUUGUUUUAUCGCUCUUUGUCCAUCGUCGUCGCGACUCGUCCGGCGCCGUGACAUAGACAACCCACAAAUACCGCCAACAUGUUCUGGAGAUUUGGCGGUUACGCCAAUAUAUCCACCAUCGAUACUAUCCUCGAGAAGCCCGAAUUCACCGUCGAAGACCUCCUCGACGAGAGCGACCUGAUCCAAGAGCUCAAGCAGCACAACACGAAGCUUAUCGAAUACCUCCGCGAGGAUAAUGUUCUCAAGACACUGCUCGAAUAUGUCGUCGCCCCCAAACUAGAGCCUGUCGCGACCCCAGAACCAGAUGAACCCGCCGAGGAGAUCAAGGGCAAGGGCCGCCUCCUUCCCUUUUCAAGACCUCGCGCCUCGUCCCGUGCCACCGAUACCGACAAUGAGGAGGAAGAGCAAGAGAAGAAGCGCAAUCGCUAUGCUUACGUUGCUGCUGAGGUCUUGUCAUCUGACACGUGGUCCAUCUACGAGGCUAUGAUGGAGAACCAAGAGCUAGUCCGGGAAUUUUGGCAGUUUCUGAAGCGCCCGACGCCUCUUGACCCUCUUCAAGCCAGUUACUUUACGAAAGUCAACGAGGCAUUGUUCGACAAGAAGACGGAGGAGAUGGUUAUCCUUCUCAAAUCUCUCCCCGAGGCCGUGCCCGACUUGCUCCGCCAUGUCGAGUGCCCUAUGAUUAUGGACCUGCUUCUGAAGAUCAUUGCUCUAGAUCGCACAGAGGGCGGCCAGGGUGUUGUAGAGUGGCUGUACGGUCAAGAUGUUGUGCCGACUCUGCUAUCUUGCCUCAGCCCAGAGCAUAGUUGGGUUGUCCAGACGGCUGCAGGCGACUUCAUCAAGGCCAUUAUUACCAUCUCGGCCAACGCAUCGCAAAACGAGCAGCAAUGCAUCGGCCCGAACGAACUCACUCGCCAGCUGGUGUCGCAGCCCUGUGUGGAACAGCUGAUCAAAUACAUGUUAGGAGGUGGAAACCCGCUGACCGUGGGUGUCGGUAUCAUCAUCGAAGUCAUCAGGAAGAAUAACUCGGAUUACGAUCCUGAUGUUGGCACCGAAGCCAACUCUAUUCCCUCGAGUCGAGACCCCAUAUAUCUAGGAACCCUACUCCGCUUGUUCGCGCAACACAUUCCCGAUUUUGUCAACCUGAUCAUGAACACUCCGGUGCAAAAGGGGCCGCUAGAAUCGACAUUUGGCGAAAAAAUAGAGCCUCUUGGCUUCGAUCGAUUCAAGACGUGCGAGUUGAUGGCCGAAUUGCUUCACUGCAGUAACAUGGGCCUCCUCAACGAAGUUGGUUCCGAGGACGUGAUUGCGUCUCGAGAUGCUGAGCGUCAGCGCUUAAGAACGGAGGGUAAGCUUACCCCAAACCGUGGAGAAGAACCACCAUCAUCUACGGAUGACUUGACGAUGCGCAUCGGUCGUUCUUCUCCCGAGGAGGGACGUCGUUUAGAGGUAACCAAUAUCUCAGACGAUGACGGAUUCGAAGAGGUUGAGCCCAGCCGCGAAAUGAACGAGGACACGUCCCACGAGUUCGUAAAGGCAGAAGAAGAGAUUCCUGUCGCUGCACCAGCCUCGUCCUUCCUGGACAGAGAUGAAGACGACUUUGUGGACGAGCCGCUUAGCUCGCCCAGACUCAACGUCGCAGAUGACAAAAUCAAGGAACAACGACUUGAUGACCCCGAUCUGGUUGUCGCUCCUCUUUCGCCGAGCAAGACAAAGACUGCCUCCAUUGACGAGACGACUGCUGCAACGGAUUCUGAAUCCAAAGCCGACCUGGAGCAGAACUCCGAGACUGUUGACGUCGAGAUUGAAGAAUCGGCUGCAAAAGAGCCUGAGUCCGUGGAGACCGAGAAACCUUCCGGCCCAGACGACCUGGCUGACAAGACCUCGGAUGAUGCUACCAUCAACAAGGUAGAAGAACUUUCACUUGACGAGAAGGCUGAUCAAACUGCUGUCCCUGAAGAGAACCAGAAGGGCGAUGAGUCCGACUCUUCUGUUGUUUACACACCUAGCGCCACCGAUUCGGAGGCAAAGACAGAGCCAGCAGAGGCCGCGCCGACUGUGCCUGAACCCCCCCAGCACCCCGAAGACAUGCCAGCGCCCUUGUUCUCCAAGUCCACAUCUGAUCCCGAUACGAAGGCGGAUAAGGACGAUGCAUCUAAGGAGGUCGAAUCCGAAGUUGAGCCAGCUCCAGAAGUUCCCAUGGCCUCUCCGGUUCCCGAGGUGCCAGAAGCCCCUAUAGCUCCAGGAAUUGACGACGACACGACAAAGGAGGCUGGAGACGCGCCACCUGCUGUCCCCGAUCGGCCCGACCCGAACAGCGUGAAGCCCGUCGUUGGCGACUACCUCAAGGUGCAAUUUGUCGAAUAUCGUGUUGUGCCUACGAUCCUGUCCUUCUUCUUUGCCUACCCGUGGAACAACUUUCUCCAUAACGUGGUAUAUGAUAUUGUUCAGCAGGUUUUUAACGGGCCUAUGGACAGAGGCUACAACCCUACCUUGGCGGUUUCGCUGUUCGAGGCUGCGGAUAUAACGACGGCUAUCAUCAAGGGCCAACUCGCUAGUGACGAGUCACAGGCCAGGAUGAAGACUCGCAUGGGUUACAUGGGACAUCUCACUCUCAUCGCUGAAGAGGUGGUGAAGUUUACGGAACGUCACCCUCCUGAACUCUUGUCUGAGACUGUCCUUGAACGGGUUAUGGACCCGCGAUGGAUUAGCUACGUCGAAGGCGCCCUCGCUGAGACUCGCGAGCGAGACAAUGCCAUUCUUGGCGGAGUCCGCCCCGAGGUGGCUAUGGGCAACCGGGCCGGCAUGUCUGGCAACGGGCUGGCAGCAGUUGGUCUCUCUGGCCUAGGAUCAUCAUUCUCCAACUCCCAGAGUAACACUGGCUCCAACGCGCUGGCUGACGCGGGACUCAACGGCAACGCGGACCUUCAGGAAAGCAGUGGUAACGGCAUUGGGCCGUUCGCUAUCAGCUCAGGCACUCUCAUGUCUGGCUUCGGCAGCUCCAGUGACGAGGAGGACGAAGGGGAAGAAGAGAAUGAAGAUGAUGUCAACAAUGAGGUGAGUGAUAUGCUCUCAGAGCUCCGUGAGAUGGAACCACCUGCAUUGGACCCUUGGACGCAAUCUCUUAUCGACGACAACAACCCCGACGAGGACGAGAAGAAGGACCGAAAAACGGAUGCGUAGUACGCAGACGAGGACGGAAGACCCUACAACAGUCGAGUAUCCCAAGAGGAUGACACCGACGGCGCCGGCGAUGACUUUGGACAUAGUAUAGAUGUAGAGGACGAGAGCAACGAUUUGCCGAUUUUUGUAUCUCAGGAUGAUGAGGAGGCACGGGACGAUGAGCUCGGAGAUGUGGAGUCUGAUGAGGAAAUGCGCAUGAUCUGGGCCCCCCUCAGUUUUGUGUCAUGGCUUAGAAGGAGAAUGGAUAGACAUGUUGAGGAUGAGAGCAUGGGAGAAUAGAGAGGGCCUGGGAGGUAUAUGUGAGAGGGUGGUGUUGGGCGUAUUCAUGAUAUAUCUUGUGGCGGCGA